AUGGAGCUUAAAACUCAGAAUUCUCUCAAACUGCUUCAUUCUCAGCUUAACUCAGAUCGAGAAAAGAAUGAAGGUUGAAUCAUUCAAUAUCAAUUUAAUACAAUUCUUGAUAUACUUAUUUACUAAGAAUAGCCCACUAAGCAUAUUUGGUUGGCCGGACAAUAGCUGGUUUGGCAAAUUCGUUGGCAUGCCAUAUUUUCUGGCUAACCAAAUUUAAGAAUGGCGAACCAAAAAAUGCUCCUUAAUCCCCCCCUCCGUGAGUGAACAAAACCAAAAACCCACCCUCCGUGAGUGAACAAAAAUUUUUUUAAUAGAAAAAAUUUUUUAUGAAAAAAAAUUGAUAUAUAAGUAAUAAUUAGUAUAAAUGAAAUCUCGAGCUAGUUCUGUUGAUUUUAAACAAAUUACGUUUUAAAACAUAAAUUUUCUAAAUUAAAUUAAUAUUUGCUUCUCAAUUUUUGCAAAUUAAGAUUUUUUUAAAAAUUUCCGAAAAUAAAUUUUUUAAAAAAUAAAUUAACCCCCCUUCGUGAGUGAACAAAAUUUUUUUUAUUCACUCACGGAGGGUAGAGCUAGUGAGCUAUUUUGGCAAGCAGGUAUAAUCAAUUAUUAGAUCCUCAAGACUUAAAAGCAAAAACAUCUGUGAUUUUAAGCAGCGCCAACAGUCCUGAAAUAGAGUGAGAUUACAGGAGAACUUGCUCAUUAUAUGAAAAACAGAGUUCUGCUUCUGCUCUGGAUCUCCAAGAAGCUUUCCAAGGAUACUUAAAUGCUUAUCACCAAAUUUCAUCUCUAUAUCUUAUUAGAGAAGCCAACAAGAAAGCUAAUUUAUGUAUUUAUAACACUGAAAGUGAAAAAGAGAUAAGAAAACCUUUGAAGUUUCCUAAGAAAGUCAACAUAACCACAUGCAUAGCUCAGCUUCCAAAUGGUAAGCUAUUCUGUUUUGGCGGGAUUGCUUUUACAAUUUCUGACGAUUUCAGUGUUAUAGAACUGCCACCUGGAACACCAUGCUACUUAUCAUCAGCUAUAUAUUUCAGCAAGUCUGUAUAUUGUUUUGGAGGAUCAGUUAAUGGAAUUUCAACUUCAGCUUUCUCAGAAAGGUUUGACUUAGAUAAAAAUCGAUGAUUUAAAUUACCCCCAAUGAUGUAA